UUAGACAGGGGGCGCACGGUGAGGUGAGAUCCUGAUGGAGUGUUCUGGCUCCGCUGGGCGUGGCCUCGCGUAGCUCCACCCACCCAUCGCGGACACUCUCUCUCUCUCUCUCUCUCUCUCUCUCUCUCUCUCUCUCAGUAGGAGAAGAGCGACAGGCGGCAAGCGCAGCACUCACAGCGGGGACGCGGUUUGAAAUCCGAUCCGGGCUAAUUUUUUUUACCCCCCUCCUCCUCCUCCUUCAGAGUCCGGAGCUCCAAACUGUUUAGCGGGAGUUCGUGAGUCCAGCAGUUUCACACAGAGGAGCGCCUGAACAGAGAGAGGAGCUCACAUCAGUCCGACCCGCGCCGCGCACCUCCGCCACAUUCCCCGCCGGUUAGUGGGACGAGGUGUACCAACUAACUGAGGCUUUCUUCUCAACUCUAACAGUCAAACCGGGCACAGGCGGAGAGAGGAGCUGAAGUUUAUUUGGAUUGAUCCAUAAGGAAGAGUUGAACACAACUGAUCUUUAGUGCAUCUUAGCUGGACUCAUUGGACUAUCCACCUUCUCAAGAACCAGCUGUGCAAUUCAUGGUGAUUUCUAAUUGCUGAGGAUUACUGGCAACACGGGAGAUUUUCGGGUGGCAAGUGGAUCAGCGACAUCUGUGUGAGAGUGCUUGAGUGUGUGUGUGUGUGUGUGUGUGUGUGUGUGUGUGUGUGGCAGCACUACGUUGACAUCAUGUGUAGGACUGUGGAAGAUGUGUGAGUCUGGUGUCUGUGGCGAGGAGCCUGGGCCACGACGGCUCCUGGCUGGGAUGAUGGCGCUUUGCCUUCUCCUCUACCUCACCUCCAUUGUCCCAUCAGUGCACAGCGCUCACCUGCCCUCGGCACAGCCCACAGACUGGCGCUCGAGCGAGACGGAGAUGGAGCUGGAGACGGAGGUGUUUCUAGAGGACUACGUGGUGGCCGUGGGGGACUCGUUGGACCUUCAGUGUAACGCACCAAACUUCCUGAUGUCUGUCACGUGGCAGAAAGAUGGCAGCAUUGUGCUCCCUGGCAACCGCACGCGGCUGAGCCACAAGGCACUGCACGUCAACAACGUGUCAUACGACGACUCGGGUGUCUACUCCUGCCGAUACGAACAGGGCAACGCGCUGCUCGGCAACUAUACUGUCAGAGUCACCGAUUCCCUCUCAUCUGGUGAUGAUGAAGAUUAUGAUGAGGAGCCAGACGAUGCAGGUAAUGGAAAUGAGGCGCCGUACUGGACCCGCCCGGACCGGAUGGAGAAGAAGCUGUUGGCUGUCCCUGCUGCCAAUACGGUGAAGUUCCGCUGUGCUGCGGCAGGGAACCCCACCCCCACCAUCCACUGGCUGAAGAAUGGCAAAGAGUUUAAGGGCGAGCAGAGGAUGGGAGGGAUUAAGCUGCGGCAUCUGCAGUGGAGUUUGGUAAUGGAGAGUGCUGUUCCGUCAGACAGAGGCAACUACACAUGUGUAGUGCAGAACAAGUAUGGGACCAUCACACACACUUACCAGCUUGAUGUACUGGAGCGUUCUCCUCACCGGCCCAUCCUGCAAGCAGGUCUGCCAGCCAAUCAGACGGUGGUGGUGGGCAGUGAUGUAGAGUUCCACUGUAAGGUGUACAGUGAUGCACAGCCUCAUAUCCAAUGGCUCAAACACACUGAGGUGAACGGCAGCCGAUUUGGCCCCAACGGAACACCCUACGUUACUGUCCUAAAGACUGCUGGCAUUAACACUACGGAUAAGGAGCUGGAGGUUCUGAUCCUGACCAACGUGUCCUUUGAGGAUGCGGGCGAGUACACAUGUCUUGCGGGGAACUCUAUAGGUUAUACCUAUCACUCAGCUUGGCUUAUCGUUCUACCAGCUGUAGAAAUGGAGAAAGAGGACGACUACGCCGACUUCCUGAUCUACGGAACGGGCUGCGUGCUUUUUAUCCUCACGGUGAUCAUCAUCAUCCUCUGCCGUAUGCGUAUGAACACGCAAAAGACGCUUCCCACACCUCCUGUACAGAAGCUCUCCAAAUUCCCCCUCAAGAGACAGCAGGUGUCCUUGGACUCCAAUUCCUCCAUGAAUUCAAACACCCCCCUGGUCAGGAUCGCCCGCUUGUCGUCCAGCGAUGGACCAAUGCUGCCCAAUGUCUCAGAGCUAGAACUGCCAUCAGACCCCAAGUGGGAGUUUCCUCGCUCGAGGCUAACACUAGGGAAAGCUCUUGGUGAAGGCUGCUUUGGGCAAGUUGUGAUGGCUGAAGCCAUCGGUGUUGAUAAAGAGAAACCCAACAAGCCAAUCACAGUGGCAGUCAAGAUGCUCAAAGACGAUGGCACUGACAAGGACCUGUCUGACCUGGUGUCUGAAAUGGAGAUGAUGAAAAUGAUCGGCAAACACAAGAACAUCAUUAACCUGCUUGGGGCAUGCACACAAGAUGGUCCUCUCUAUGUGUUGGUGGAAUAUGCCUCCAAAGGGAACCUGAGGGAGUAUCUGCGUGCCCGGAGGCCUCCCGGUAUGGACUACUCGUUUGACACCUGUAAGAUUCCAGACGAGACGCUCACUUUUAAGGACCUGGUGUCCUGUGCCUACCAAGUAGCCAGAGGCAUGGAGUACUUGGCCUCCCAGAAGUGUAUCCAUAGAGACCUAGCGGCCAGGAACGUUCUGGUUACGGAGGAUAAUGUGAUGAAAAUUGCUGACUUUGGUCUGGCCAGAGACGUGCACAACAUAGAUUACUACAAAAAGACCACCAAUGGUCGUUUGCCCGUUAAAUGGAUGGCACCGGAGGCUCUGUUCGACCGGGUCUACACACACCAGAGCGACGUCUGGUCAUACGGAGUGUUGCUAUGGGAGAUCUUCACUCUGGGAGGAUCGCCGUACCCUGGCAUCCCUGUCGAGGAGCUCUUCAAGCUGCUCAAGGAGGGCCAUCGAAUGGACAAACCUGCCAACUGCACUCAUGAACUGUAUAUGAUCAUGCGUGAGUGCUGGCAUGCUGUUCCGUCUCAGAGACCCACAUUCAGACAGCUGGUGGAGGAUCACGACAGAGUUCUCUCCAUGACAUCAACUGAUGAGUAUUUGGAUCUCUCUGUACCGUUUGAACAGUACUCUCCCACCUGUCCAGACUCUAACAGCACCUGCUCCUCCGGAGAUGACUCCGUGUUUGCUCACGAUCCCCUGCCUGACGAGCCGUGCCUCCCGAAACACCACCACAGCAACGGCGUCAUACGGACAUAGAGGCUUGAAACACUACAGCAGCAGCAUUAUACGGGUGUAACCAGCUUAUACACGACAGCGGACAUCAACACAUGCUAAAAUCCGUCGUAAUAACGGCAUUAACACCCUUAAGAGGAAGGUGGAGAGGGCUGAGGGGUCGAAGACAGGUCACCCUUCAAUCCCCUGAUAAACAACCAGAUAAGGAGGAGGCUCAGUGUUGCCAGACCAAACUAAUUCACUUGGCUCACUGCGAAGUUCGAGUGGGGAAAGAAAGCUUAGUGUAGACUACAUCAAGGCUACCAUCACCACAUUUCCUCUUCCUCAUGCCCUUCUUCCAUUUAUAAGCUGACAUUCUGCUUUUUGAAAAUCAUGUUUUUUUUUUUUUUAAAGAGAAUUCCUAUUUUUCUACUCUGCCAGUUUAUUUUUUCUUUAACGCUUGGCAGUUUUAAGGGUGAAACCAUUCCGUGCCUAUUGAACAAACACAGAACCAGUGGAACAGUGGGGACUUAUUAUACAGUAGCUACAUAUUAGAGUGACACCCCGAGUGUCAUUCCAUGUAGGACAACUUGGAGCUGAUGGGAAAAUAUUUGAUUUGUGUGAGAAUCAAACUUAAACCAUUGCUUUCAAACACAUGGCCAGUUUCGUUUGUUUUGGGUUUUUUUCAACUGUUACUUCUUUUUCUUUUUUCUUUUUUCUUUUUUCACGAGAACUUCUGACAUGCCGAUCUUUUAAAGGAGAAGAUGUGAGAUUUAAUUUGAGGAAAUGUAAUUGUGUGUUUUGUAUGUAUCAAAAUUUUCUAUUGUAAAUAUACAGAUAUAAAUAUGUAUCAUAUUGCAGUCCACAGCAGUGUAUGUAAGAGAAAAGAUUUGAUUUAAAAAAAAAUAAUAAUAAUAAUAGUUUUAAAAAAAAACAAUGCCUUGCAAAUGAGCAUACAUUGUUGAGGUCAUGUAAACAUUUAAUCUUAAAAAGCGAAAAGUUUUAUUUGAAUUAACAUGUAUAUUUGUAAAGAUAUUUAUAGACUUAACAUAAUGAUUUUAAGGUCUAAAAUUAUAGUCUAGGGUUUUGGUACUGUAAACAAAGGGUUGUUUUUUUUUGUUGUUGUUGUUGUUGUUGAGUUUCAUUUUGUAAGUUAUUUACCACAGAGGUGCAGCAUUUUCUCAGCCAGUGGAUUUGUUUUUUGUGGUUUUUUUCUCUCUCUUUAUUUUCUUUUGUGUUCCAUCUCUUUGUUUACAGUGGCAAGAAUGUAUAAACACUAUUGGCAAUAUAAGUAUCAGCAUAAUGCCAUGAACCAGACAUUGAGUUCUGAGAUGAAAUGCGAGUGCCACAUGUUUUACAUUGUGUCGACUGUGAUGUCAGUGUUAAUAUCUGGAAUACAGGGACCACACAUGAUUGUUCUCUGGAGAAGAAAUUGUCAGACUUCUGAGAGCUAAAGGAUUCACAAUUUGUACACAAUUUCCCUAUUAUCUUUCCCUUCGCCUUGUUUGCCCCCCCCCCC